CCCCUGGGGAGGGUGGACAGAUGGCUUCCCCAUGCCAACUGGGCUGCUGCCCACCCGGCUGAUAGGGCCUGUGCGAGAGCCCGCCCCCUUCCACCCUCAUAAAAGCACCCCCAGGGCCUAGCCUGGGUCAGUGUCAAGGCCACUGCAGCAUCAUGGCGGACCGCUCCCUGCACCUGGCGGCUCUGAUCCUCCUCGGGGCGGCCGUGUGUGCGGCUCAGCCCCGCGGCAGGAUCCUGGGCGGCCGAGAGGCCAUGUCCCACUCGCGGCCCUACAUGGCAUCCGUGCAAGUGAACGGCAAGCACGUGUGCGGAGGCUUCCUGGUGGCCGAGCAGUGGGUAAUGAGCGCAGCGCACUGCCUGGAGGAUGUCGCCGACGGGAAGGUGCAGGUGCUCCUGGGCGCGCACUCCCUGUCACAGCCGGAGCCCUCCAAGCGCCUGUACGACGUGCUACGCGCAGUGCCCCACCCAGACAGCCGGCCGGACACCAUCGACCACGACCUCCUCCUGCUGCAGCUCUCUGAGAAGGCUGUGCUGGGCCCCUACGUGCAGCCCCUGCCCUGGCAGCGCAAGGACCGCGACGUGGCGGCCGGCACGCUCUGCGACGUGGCCGGCUGGGGCGUGGUUAACCACGCUGGCCGGCGGCCAGACCGCCUGCAGCACGUACUCCUGCCGGUGCUCGACCGCGCCACCUGCAACCUGCGCAAGUACCAUGACGGCACCAUCACCAACAGCAUGAUGUGCGCGGAGAGCAGACACCGGGACAGCUGCAAGGGUGACUCUGGAGGCCCGCUGGUGUGCGGCGGCGUGGCCGAGGGCGUGGUCACCUCGGGCUCACGUGUUUGUGGCAACCACAAGAAGCCCGGCAUCUACACACGCGUGGCGAGCUACGUGGCCUGGAUCGACGGAGUGAUGGCUGAGGGCUCAGCUGCCUGAGGAGGACCUGAGGGGCGGCGGUCACGGGGGCCCGAGCAAUAAAGUCAUCCACUCCUGC